AUCGAACGCCGCCGAACUGAAAAGUCCUCACGAAUCCUUCCCUACUGGCAGCCAAUCAAAUGCGAGAAACCUUCGUGAACUCUUACGCGGACCUACGCCACUUCCUCUUUCACGCCAACCUCACCAAGAUGGCACCGAAAAGGCAGACUGUUGUGAAAAAGAAUAAAAAGGGUGUUUCCUGGAAGUUCACCCUUGAUUGUACUCACCCUGUCGAGGAUGGGAUCCUUGACUCUGCCAACUUUGAAACCUUUCUGAAAGAGAAGGUGAAGGUUAAUGGCAAAACGGGCAACAUGGGAAAUGUAGUGCAAAUUGUGCGUCAGAAGAACAAAAUCAGCGUCGCAUCAGAGAAGCAGUUCUCUAAAAGGUAUCUUAAGUACCUCACAAAGAAGUACCUGAAGAAGAACAACCUGCGAGACUGGCUGAGGGUGGUGGCGUCGGAUAAGGAAAGCUACGAGCUGCGCUACUUCCAGAUCAGUCAAGAUGAUGAAUCUGAUGCUGAUGAAUGAAAGCUCUGUCUUGAAAAAUGUUUGAGUGUAUCAAGGUCCUGUAUUAGCUGUCACAUCUUCAAAUGCAGGGCUGCUUGUUUCGAUAUCUGCUUGUAAAUAAAAUGAUACACAGAAAUUGA